AUGGCAGCGGGACCAAUUUCGGAAAGAAACCAAGAUGCCACGGUGUACGUGGGCGGCUUGGAUGAGAAGGUGUCCGAGCCAUUACUGUGGGAACUUUUUUUGCAGGCCGGUCCUGUCGUCAACACACACAUGCCCAAAGACAGGGUGACGGGCCAACAUCAAGGUUACGGCUUUGUGGAGUUCCUCAGCGAAGAAGACGCCGACUAUGCCAUCAAAAUUAUGAACAUGAUAAAACUGUACGGCAAGCCUAUCCGUGUCAACAAGGCGUCGGCGCACAACAAGAACCUGGACGUGGGCGCCAACAUCUUCAUCGGCAACCUGGACUCGGAGAUUGAUGAGAAGCUGCUCUACGACACCUUCAGCGCUUUCGGGGUCAUCUUGCAAACGCCCAAGAUCAUGCGCGACCUCGACACGGGCAACUCCAAAGGCUACGCCUUCAUCAACUUUGCCAGCUUCGACGCGUCUGACGCCGCCAUUGAGGCCAUGAACGGCCAGUACUUGUGUAACCGACCGAUCACCGUGUCCUACGCCUUUAAGAAGGACUCCAAAGGCGAGCGGCACGGCUCGGCCGCCGAGCGCCUGCUGGCCGCACAGAACCCGCUGUCGCAGGCCGACCGGCCCCACCAACUGUUCGCCGACGCGCCGCCCCCACAGGCCAUCCCGCCGCCUGUGCUUACGUCCAUGGGUCCCGGAAUGGCCAUGGGGAUGCCACCGCCGGGGGUCUUCCCCCCGAUGCCGCCGCCAGGAUCCAUGCCGACCAUGCCGCCUAGCAUGGCAAUGCAUCACGCCCAUCAAGCGCAGCCGGGUCACCCACCAGGACCGCCGCCCUUCCCUGGCGCCAUGCAUGCCUUGCCUCAAAUGCCCAUGCCUCCUCCGGCACCUCCCGGCAUGGUGCCCCCGCCUCCCGCCCCGCCGGGCUCCGCUCAAGCACGGGCGCCGCUUCCUCCCGGCAUGCCCCCACCACCUAUGGGCAUGCCACACCGAGCCCCUUAUGGACCGCCCAUGGGUCACCCUGUGCCGCCUGGUAUGAGAGGACCGCCGCCUCCCAUGCCCCCUCCAGGAUACGGCGCCGCCCCACCGCGUCCGCCUCCCUUCGGCUUCCAGCGAGCGCCCCCCAUGCCGCCGAGACCGCCUAUCGUGCCACCUCGGGUUCCCAUAAGGGCGCCCAUGCCGCCUUAA